AUGAAACUGGCUCUCGAAGCGAAACAUCUGUGGCGAACGGAUCCCUUGUACAAGGACUUCUAUUAUGAAAGAGGACUGGUCUGGGCAGACAUCAACAGAUCUGAAUUUUCAAAGAAUGUUAUUGCUAACUAUGAAGGAUUUGGAGUGAAAGGUAGUGACGAGAAGUGCGAGCUCGUCACUCCAGAUGCAAUUCGUGAUCUUAACCAUGGGCUUUUCUCGGGUGCCGACCUAGGUGAUCUUACCGAAGUACUCCUGAACGAGAGCAGCGGGUGGGUUGAAGCUAGAGAAACUUUACAGAAAGUUAUUGAUGCAGCUGUAUCUACUGGAGUGGUGAAGUACAUUGAAACGGACAUUUCCAGUCUCAUAUUGGAUGAAGAUAGGAGUGUUUGUACUGGAGCUCGGUCUGUGGAUGGUCAGGUGUUCAUUUCGGACUCCGUUAUUCUUGCGACAGGAGCAGAGACCGCAAGGCUACUAGUGAAAAGUUCUCCAGAGACCCCAGAGCUUCACGUAGGUAGUCGAAUGUCGGCAGCGGGGCUAAUCACGGGUGUCGUAAAAUUAGGUCAGAAAGACGCAGAGCAAUUCCGAUCCGGUCCUGCUUUUCUCCUCGCUGGUGGUGAAGGCCAAGGAGGGAUGAUACCACCAAACGCAGAGAAUGAAUUGAAAAUUACCUGUGACCUUAGUUUUACAAACACCAUCGAAAUUUGCAAUGGAAAUCGUAUCUCAACACCUCCGAGUGACCCUUUAUCAAACUAUUCAGCGUUUGCAGCCGAAAUGAAUCACGCUCUCGCUACUGUAAGCGAGCAUAUGCUCGGUGAUCAGGGACAAGCGUUUGAAUAUGAAGAUUGUCGCAUAUGUUGGGACGCUAUCACUCCUGACCAAAACUUCAUUAUCUGUCAACAUCCGCGCUGUAAACAUCUAUUUAUGGCAACCGGAGGAUCUUUCCAUAGUUGGAAAUUCUUCCCCAUCUUAGGGAAGUAUGUUGUCCAAAUGCUUGAAGGGCAAUUAGACCAAAGUCUUGCACAGCGCUGGGCCUGGGAUCGAGAUUCUAUUACCUCGACAACAAAUGAGAGGAUGAUGCCCGUGCGAGAAAUGAGGGAUCUGAAAAGGAAUCGAAGUAGCACCUAA